AUGCAAGUCUGCUAUGUACACCAUGAGGACUAUCAGUUCUGUUACUCCUUCCGGGGUAGGCCAGGACACAAACCGUCCAUCCUCAUGCUCCAUGGAUUCUCUGAACACAAGGAUAUGUGGCUCAGUGUAGUCAAGUUCCUUCCGAAGAACCUGCACUUGGUCUGCAUGGACAUGCCUGGUCAUGAAGGCACCACCCGCUCGUCCCUGGAUGACCUGUCUAUAGAUGGGCAAGUUAAGAGGGUACAUCAGUUUGUAGAGUGCCUUAAGCUGAACAAAAAGCCCUUUCACGUUAUAGGCACCUCCAUGGGUGGCCACGUGACUGGAGUAUACGCUGCUUACUACCCAUCUGAUGUCUGCAGCCUGUGUCUUGUGUGCUCUGCUGGCCUGCAGUAUUCAACUGACAAUCAGUUUGUACACUCGGCUGCCAUUCAGAAAAUUCCCUUGAUCCCAUCCACCCCAGAAGAGAUGAGUGAGAUGCUCCAGCUCUGCUCCUAUGUCCGAUUCAAAGUGCCCCAGCAGAUCCUUCAAGGCCUUGUUGAUGUUCGCAUCCCUCAUAACAGUUUCUACCAGAAACUGUUUUUGGAAAUUGUCAGUGAGAAAUCCAGAUACUCUCUGCAUCAGAACAUGGACAAGAUCAAGGUCCCAACACAGAUCAUUUGGGGAAAACAGGACCAGGAUAAAGAUACCUUCGCCCAUACCCAGCAGGAAGCGAUUUCAAGAAUGUGACGCCCACAUUCCCAAAGAGGUGGUGU